UCAAUUGAGCUUUUAUUGUGAAAAACACCGUGUCCCGGAAGUGAGAUGUACUUUUUGUCCUGGUCUCACUAACGUUCAGUAACGUUCCGGUAUGUGAGACUAGUACGGAAAGACGAGAAGACACUGGACGACAGGGCUCGAGCAUUAGACUGGUGUCAGAAGAGCUCCACACCGACCAGGCUUUAACUCCUCUGGAUCUUUGUACCCGUUCCUCUGUUACCCGGUGCUCGUUUUUGGUUGAACCGUGGUUCGGUGCUUCAGGAUGUCUGGUCAGAGCAUCACGGACCGGAUCACCGCCGCUCAGCACAGCGUCACCGGCUCCGCCAUCACCAAGACCGUCUGCAAGGCGACGACCCAUGAAGUCAUGGGGCCCAAGAAGAAGCACCUGGACUAUUUGAUUCAGUGCACAAAUGAGAUGAAUGUGAACAUCCCUCAGCUGGCUGACACGCUGUUUGAGAGGACCGCCAACACCAGCUGGGUGGUUGUGUUCAAGUCCCUCACCGCCACACACAAUCUGAUGGUCUACGGCAACGAGAGAUUUAUUCAGUAUCUGGCUUCAAGGAACACACUAUUCAACCUCAGCAAUUUUCUGGACAAAAGUGGCCUACAAGGCUACGAUAUGUCAACGUUCAUAAGGAGGUACAGCCGCUACCUGAACGAGAAGGCUGUGUCCUACAGACAAGUCGCUUUUGACUUCACUAAAGUGAAAAGAGGGUCUGAUGGAGUGAUGAGAACCGUGAACACAGAGAAACUCCUCAAGACCAUACCUAUCAUCCAAAAUCAGAUGGAUGUGUUACUGGAUUUCAAUGUCAACGCCAAUGAACUGACGAACGGUGUGAUCAACGCAGCCUUCAUGCUUCUGUUCAAAGAUGCGAUCCGACUGUUUGCAGCGUACAACGAGGGCAUAAUCAACCUCCUGGAGAAAUACUUUGACAUGAAGAAAGUCCAGUGCAAAGAAGGACUUGACAUCUACAAGAAAUUCCUUACACGAAUGACGAGAAUCUCAGAGUUCCUCAAAGUUGCAGAGCAAGUCGGGAUCGAUCGAGGAGACAUCCCAGAUCUGUCUCAGUUUACAGUUUGUGCCCCCAGCAGCUUGCUCGAUGCCCUGGAGCAGCACUUGGCCUCUUUAGAGGGGAAGAAAGUCAAAGACUCAACAGCAGCCAGCAGGGCCAGCACCCUCUCCCAUGCGGUCUCCUCCCUGGCCAACACCAGCAUUUCUUUCACCAAAGUGGACGAGAGGGAAAAACAGGCAGCCCUGGAGGAAGAGCAGAACCGCCUCAAAUCACUAAAGGAGCAGCGUCUGAAAGACCUCCAGAAGGAUCCUACCGCAGCAACCACAGACUCCUCCCCGGUCUCCAUGGUAGGCGGGACCAUCAACUCAGCCCCAGCCAUUGACCUCUUCUCCACCCCCAGCUCCACCAACAGCACCUCCAAGGCAGCCAAUGAACUGCUGGACCUGCAGCCGGCUUUCCAGCCGACGCUGCCUCUCUCCGCCACCAACACAUGGGGAGAUACUUUCACCUCCGCUGCAGAAGCUGUGAUGGAAUCCAUUCCAAACUCAAACCCUUUCCUCACUCUACCUGUUGUCGAUGCUGUCCACCCGUCCACGGCGUCCUCGGACGCUGGCAGCCUGUCCUCUAGGACACCUAGCCAUGAAGUGUUUGAUCAUUACAAUCCCUUUUUUGACUCAAGCUCUUCCCUGGCAUCUGAUCUCGAUGCUGCCGUGCAGAUAGAGACAUUUAUCACAGACUCCUUCUGUGGGCCAAGCCCUUACAACACCACUCCACUCUUCCAUUCUGAGCCCCCUGCUGUAGCUGGUCUAUUCAGAGCAGGGUUCACAGCCUCCCCAACACCUCAGCAGCCCCAGAACGCUCAAGGCCUUAACGUCGACUUUGACUCAGUAUUUGGCAACAACGCCAAUGCUAACAACCUGGAUGCUUCAGAUGUGUUAGGUGGACUCCUCAAACCCACAGUGGCAAACUCACCCAAUCAGGCCAUGACCCUGAACGGCCAGCAGUCCCACAGACUGGUUUCACACGACCUGGACUCGUCACUGGCCAAUCUUGUCGGCAAUCUGGGAAUUGGCAACGGCACAGCCAAGAAUGAUCUUCACUGGAGUCAGCCUGGUGAGAAGAAGCUGACCGGUGGAACCAACUGGCAACCCAAGACGGGUCCUUCUACCACCUGGAACCCUGCAGCCAUGGCACCAUCUGUCAUGACAUUCCCUGCAACCACACCGACAGGCAUGAUGGCAUAUGCAAUGCCUCCCCACAUGGGCUCCAUGGUGAUGACACAGCCCUCCAUGAUGUACACCCAGCCUGCGAUGAGGCCAGCCAACCCCUUUGGCGCCAAUCCAGGUGCACAGAUGCAGUUUAUGUAACCUGAAGGAGGUUGAGGGGGGUCUUUCCCAUCUGAAGAUGAUUCACGACAGUCAACUAUCCGAGCAAACCUGCAGUUUGCUUCUAAUGAACUCGCCUCUCUCUGAGAACAAAAGGCCCAAAUAGACUUGUUGAAUAAAAUCACGGUGACCGGGAGCGGCGGCUCUGACCAUCUCAGAGAGGCAUCACAGUGGACAUUGUGCCCAUCUAGUCAUGUCGAAGUCAUAAGAGGAGAAGAAGAGUGGGCCGGGAUCAGCCCCUACUUCAUCCUGGACGAAGAGAAACACAACACCCAAGGGGGAGAGAGCUUUGACAUCGCUGCUCAUGUACCUUGGGGGUGAAGAAACAAAGUUGGGUUGUUGUCACACAUACACGCUGUUUGUCUUUUUUUGUUCCUCUUUCUCCAGGUGAGGCUGGGAGAGUCACUUCUUUUGAUUAUCAAUCAUGAUUACCUUUUUAAAGCAUCCCCCUGAUUAGGAAACUCUUCUUUAUACCACCCAUUUUUACGUAUUGUUUGCAGUAGACAUUCCUUGUGUAUUGUUUGUAUUUAUUUAUGAUUACCUACAGAAAAAAAAACUAAAUAUAACUACUCACUGACCUCCUUGUGGACGGUCUUCAGGUUUAUACAUAGGUAUGAUUGAUUGUAGAAUUGGAUUUUGAGUGAUUGAGAUUUUUUUUUUUUUCAAAAAGAAGUUAAUAUAAAGUUUAAAGAGAGUUUUUGCUGUUGGGGCACGAAAUAAUUCUCUGUACUCGCAUGUUGCCUUGUACAGUUAUCAGUGGCUCCAGGGGUCACACUGAGGAUGUGUAUGAACGUAAUAAUUCAUUAACGCCGUCACGUCGGUUGGGGUUGAUUUCUACAAAUUUGGCGAGGGAACAUUUUUCACAAAGCACUACAUUUUGUUGUCGAGGCAGCGUUGCAUUGGAAAGGAAUCUACAUUUAUGCUUUUGACGCUUUUGGCAUGCCAUUUAUUCUUACAUUUAACAAAGCUCCUGGCUGCCCUUUUCCAACCUGAAUGUGCAGGGUCCCUUUCAUGCUCAGAUUAUGUUUCCAUAGGCGAGCACCGGGGUAUUUAGGACAAUGUGGGUGUGGGGGGGUGUAGGCUCAGGUCAGACUGGUAACAGAGGGACGGGGGUGGGGGCAGAGAGGUCUAGUUCAGGAGAAUAGAGCACUGUUGAUCGGUGCUUUGUGUAUAUAAAACUUUUCCUGCCAAUCACAGGAGCGGGCGAGUGCAGGUAUGAAAGAUGGUCUGAACAUAAAAGUGGCCCAUAAUCUAUUAACUGAGCAUAUUUGCUGCAUUGUCCCUGCAGAUUAUAUUUUUGUUUGUUUGAUUUUUCCAAUAAAGUGCAAGCUUCCACACUU